GUUCUCAUCUGUCGGAAUUACCGUGGAGAUGUGGACAUGUCCGAGGUGGAGCAUUUUAUGCCAAUCCUUAUGGAAAAGGAAGAAGAGGGGACGCUUUCUCCUAUUCUAGCACACGGAGGAGUUCGCUUUAUGUGGAUUAAACAUAACAACCUGUAUCUUGUUGCAACUUCGAAGAAAAAUGCUUGUGUAUCGCUGGUGUUUUCGUUUUUAUAUAAAGUAGUUCAGGUUUUUUCUGAAUAUUUCAAGGAGCUGGAAGAAGAGAGCAUUAGGGAUAACUUCGUUAUUAUUUAUGAGUUGUUAGAUGAGCUUAUGGAUUUUGGUUAUCCGCAAACCACUGAUAGUAAAAUUUUACAAGAGUACAUCACUCAGGAAGGACAUAAACUUGAAACUGGAGCUCCACGUCCACCUGCCACUGUUACAAAUGCCGUUUCGUGGAGAUCAGAAGGGAUAAAAUACAGGAAAAAUGAAGUGUUCCUGGAUGUUAUAGAGUCUGUUAACCUUUUGGUCAGUGCCAAUGGAAACGUCUUACGGAGUGAGAUAGUUGGAUCCAUUAAAAUGCGAGUCUUUCUCUCAGGAAAGCCGCGGGUUGAACGACAAAUGAACGACAAAGUUCUCUUUGAUAAUACAGGCCGUGGCAAAAGCAAAUCAGUAGAACUGGAAGAUGUGAAGUUUCACCAGUGUGUUCGUCUCUCGCGCUUUGAAAACGACAGGACGAUUUCUUUCAUUCCGCCUGACGGGGAGUUUGAACUCAUGUCUUACCGUCUUAAUACCCACGUGAAACCACUGAUCUGGAUUGAGUCUGUGAUCGAAAAACAUUCCCACAGCCGCAUCGAGUACAUGAUCAAGGCAAAAAGUCAAUUUAAGCGUAGGUCAACCGCCAACAAUGUGGAGAUUCACAUUCCAGUUCCAAAUGACGCGGACUCGCCAAAGUUUAAAACCACUGUUGGAAGUGUCAAAUGGGUUCCAGAGAACAGUGAAAUUGUCUGGUCCAUUAAGUCUUUUCCAGGUGGGAAAGAAUACCUGAUGAGGGCUCACUUCGGGCUUCCCAGUGUUGAAGCUGAGGAUAAGGAAGGAAAACCUCCCAUUAGUGUCAAGUUUGAGAUUCCCUAUUUCACCACUUCAGGAAUCCAGGUUCGCUACCUAAAGAUCAUUGAGAAGAGUGGCUACCAGGCUCUCCCAUGGGUCCGUUACAUUACCCAGAACGGAGACUACCAGCUUCGCACACAGUAGAACACCUCGCCAGCACCACAGACGUCAGAACUUCAGGCCUAGAAUUUGCAGAAGCUUCUGUGGUACCGAGAGCUGUGAAUGUUGUUGCCAAGGGUCUUGUUUCUGCAAUCUUGGAUUGGCAGGAGAAAGAUUGGAAAAUUACUGUUUUCAAUAAUGUGUUUGAGCAUUUGAACCAUUAGUACUGAUUGUGUGCAUAUUUAUUUCAUUCUUAGAACAUGCUGAUCUUGCUGCUAAACGCUAAUUACGUUAGGAGUAGCAGUUACCUUGAGGAGCCAGGAAUACAGAAUGAACCUUGAGAGUGUCUUGUCAAUGCCUUCUCCGCUACGUUCGCAGUUUCUAGUGCUCGUGUUUUAGGAUCUCGGAAGACACUGGCAGCGUUACGCUACAAAUUAGGGAGACGAUUGUGCAAUUAAAUGACUGCUGAACACUUAGUUGUAUUUA